CUUUUGAGAGAGGGUCUCAUGUACCCCAAGGUCUUGGACCUCACUGUGUAUCUGAAGCUGGCUUCGAGCUAGCGUCAGCCCUCUUGCUUUGUCUUAGCUAUUUCUGGGAUUACAUGCACAAGUUGCAAUGCCUGACAGUGAAUAAAUUACCUAAUUUUUUUUAAAACAAGGAUUCAUUGCUGGACGUGGAGCUCACAUUUUAGCUCAGGAUGACUUUGAACUUGUGACAAACUUCCAGCCUCAGCCUCCGGAGUGCUGGGAUUACAUGCCUGAACCACCACACCCUGGGAUUUUUUUUUUUUUUUUAAUAACAAAGACUUUACAGUCCGCAUCUGGAGACUGUUAACGUGAAUUAUUGAAUCCAAAUUAGGGUGUGAUUUAGCCAUCCCCAAAGAAGUAGGCUUGUUGAAUCAACGGGAUUUACGAAUGUUAAAGACAGAGCAGAUAAAAGGGGGAGAUGUGAAUGUUCAGGUUCACUGUCCAUUGAUAUUACUUACGUACUCUCUUUUUAUGUCUUCUUAGUUUUAAUUUUCUGUGUGCUCAUGUUAUGGGUGCUGUUGUAAACACAGCAUAGACUUGGAAUUUUUGUUUGUUUUGGUUUGGUUUUUUGAGAGGGUUUUUAUGUACUCCUGGUUGUCUUGAAGCUCAAUAUGUAGACCAGGAUAGCCCGAAACUCACAGAUUCUCCUGUCUGUGCCUCCAGAGUGCUGAGAUUAAAGAUGUGGGCCAUCACACCUCAAUUUCGACAGCUUUAUAAAACAUUUUUUAUUAGGGUCUGUAAAAUAUUUACAAAGUUAAAUUCCUGAUGCAGAUCUGCCCUGAUGUGAAGAACAUUCUUCCACAGUGGCCCUCAAAUCAAAGGAGGCAGUCAUGUUAGCCCACUUCCUCCUUGUUUAUUAUAUGCUGUAGGAUUUCCAAGUCCAUCAUUCCAAGGAUGAAUGGGGACAGAUCCAUAUUUUGGAUUCCUGCUGUCUUAUAAUGGGUGACAUUUUGCCAUUAGAUGUCAUUGGUAGAAGAGUUGACGUUAACGGAGAAUUUGCAACAGUGCGUUUUUGUGGUACUGUUCCUCCUGUGGCAGGACUCUGGCUAGGAGUCGAGUGGGACAAUCCUAAGAGAGGAAAGCAUGAUGGCAGCCAUGAAGGAACUAUGUAUUUUAAAUGCAGGCACCCAACAGGAGGCUCCUUUGUUCGUCCAAACAAAGCUAAUUUUGGAGUAGAUUUUCUUACUGCCCUUAAGAAGCGUUAUGCAUUAGAAGAUGGAUCUGAUGAUGAUGGAAAAUCAUGUUCCUUAAUAGUUGGAAGUAAACAAGUACAAACUGUUGGUUUUGAGAAUAUUACAAAGAAGCAGAGCCAAUUGAGAGCAUUGCAAGACAUUUCCCUGUGGAAGUGUGCCGUGAAUUGUGCUGGUGAACAAGGAAGAAUUGCUGAAGCCUGCCCCAAUAUUCGAGUUGUAAAUUUGUCCAAAAACUUGUUGUCUUCUUGGGAUGAAGUGAUUCUUAUUGCAGAGCAGCUCAACAACCUGGAGUCUCUGGAUCUCAGUGAAAAUAAACUGCAGUUUCCCUCUGACUCACCAACUCCAACUGGAACAUUUUCUAAUCUGAAGAUUUUAGUCCUAAAUAAAAUGGGAAUAACAUGGGCUGAGGUGCUGCGCUGUGCCCCUUCAUGGCCAAUCCUUGAGGAACUUUACCUCAAAUCUAACAAUAUAUCCAUUUCAGAAAGGCCAGUGAACGUCCUGCAGAAAAUGAGGUUACUAGACCUUUCCUCUAACCCAGCCAUUGAUGAAAGCCAGCUGUGCCUCAUAGCAUACCUGCCCAGACUAGAACACCUACUCAUUUCUGACAUUGGACUUUCUUCUAUACAUUUCCCAGAUGCUGGAAUUGGGUGCAAAACAUCCAUGUUCCCGUCCUUGCAGUACCUGGUAGUCAAUGACAACCAAAUAUCAGAAUGGUCAUUUAUCAAUGAGCUAGAUAAAUUACAGAGCCUACAGGCUCUGUCCUGCACUAGAAACCCCUUGUGUGAAGAAGACAAAGCAGAAGAGAUCAUCAUUGCCAAGAUUGGUCAGCUGAAGACCCUGAACAGAUGUCAGAUUCUUCCAGAGGAAAGGCGUGGAGCUGAGCUUGAUUACCAAAAAACCUUUGGAAAUGAAUGGAAAAGGGCUGGUGGACAUCCGGAUCCAGACAAAAACAGGCCAAAUGCAGAGUUUCUGUCAGCCCAUCCUAGAUACCAGCUUCUCUGCUGCAAAUAUGGUGCACCUGAAGAUGAGGAACUCAAACCACAGCAGCCAUUCAUGCUCAAAAAUCAGCUACUAUCACUGAAGAUCAAAUGCUCAAACCAACAUGAACAGAAAGUAUUAGAAAAGCAGUUGCCAGAUUCCAUGACAGUUCAAAAGGUAAAGGGACUGCUGUCACGUCUUCUCAAAGUUCCUGUGUCAGAACUUCUGUUGUCCUAUGAAAGUCCCAAGAUGCCAGGCAGAGAAAUUGAGCUAGAAAAUGACCUACAGUCAUUACAGUUUUAUUCUGUGGAGAAUGGAGAUUGUCUACUAGUGCGAUGGUAACAAUCCAACUGGAAUGUUGUACACACCAGAAACAAAAACUUCACCUUCACAAAGGAUGUAUGUUUUGUUGGGAAAGGACCAUUUGGUUGUAUAUUAAUAGAAUAAUAAAGGCUUUGAUUACUAGUGA